GUAAAUUAACUAGUUUGGAUUUAGUAUUUUGAUAUAUCUACGGGUCACAACUCACAACUUUGAACAGUUGGAAGUCUGUAAGCUGCCAUGGCCGCCCGCUACUCCAUCUUCCGCUCUAUUAUACGAAAUGGCAGCAAAGAAAGGCAGGGGCUUUUGCGAUCUUUCUCGUCGAGGACGGAAGUAGCGAAUUACCAAUUCGAUGAAAGGGAUUCUGAGCCCAGCACUGAUGCUACUGUCAGUGAUGAUUUGAGGAGUAGAAUUUUGAGGCUUAGACUACCCAAAAGGAGCGCCACGAACGUGCUUCAUAGAUGGGUUAGCGAAGGAAAUGACAUUUCCAUUUCUGAACUCCGGCAAAUCUCUAAAGAGCUACGAAAAACUCACCGAUUCAAGCAUGCCCUUGAGGUUCUUUCUAUCCCUUUCUUUGUUGAUGUUAUUAUGUCUCUCAUUUAACUGAAAUUUGAAAAUCCAUACUUUUAUUUUUGGAUAUUUGGUUGUUGUGUUUGCUUGUUUUUUGAAAGGUGAACUUUUGAUCAUAUCGAAAUGUUGGCUUUUGUGAUGCAAAAUUCUUUAAUUCGGAGAAGGAUUGACACUAACGUUGGCCAUUUUUUAGUCACUUUGAGGUUUAAACUUUGUUUGUGUAAUUUCAUAAUUUUGGUUCUUCAGGCAAGAAAUGCUUCAAAUACAAUAUGGUUGUCAUUAGUUUUCGUGAAUUUUUAUUCCUUUAAGGCCUAGACUUUGCUGUAAUAGACAAAUGAAGAGUUCUGAUUUCCAAGUUUCAAUGAGUUAGGAACAAAUGUGCCUUGUCUUAUGGUGUGUGAUGAGUCCAACUAAGUAAGUUUAACAUUGCAUUUUAGCAGUUGUAGUGUGGAAGUAAAACCUGAGCUUUGGACUGUUAGUUUAGCUCCAAGUACGUAAAUUAAUUGGCAUCUGAAAUGAAAUUCAGGGCCUACGUAAAUUGUUAGUUUAGCUCCACGUACGAGCUUUGGAUUGUUAGUUUAGUGUAUCAUUUUGUUGGUGAUCAGGGAAACUAUAGUUGCUUUUCAGUGUCUACACUGAGGCCUCUCCAUUCGAGUCGGAAAAUUAUACUGGUUAUAUUUGGUCUUUCUCGUAUUAGAUCCUAACAAGCUCAUACCGUUUUAUGGUAAGUUGGCACAUCACAUAAAAUAAAACAGGCAAUCUUUUGAACCCGCUUGCCUUUUGGAUUCUGGUCUAUGCUCCAAAGAAAUGAUGUGUCUGACCUCUGAACUUGGUUUAUGUGGAUAAGUUGAUUUUGCUCUUGAUGUUUGUGGUGUAAGGUAGAAAAAGUAAUCUUUUCCUGUUGAGGCCUUCCUUUUUCUCUGGUAUGAUUUUGUUCUUGAGUUCUGAAAACAUGGUCUGAAAUUUAGAGUCUUAGAAACUGUUUACUGUUUACUUUUAUUUUGAUUAAUUUCUGUUAGAAAAGGAAAGAAAGCAGAAUCUUUCCCCUUUGCUGUCUGCCAGCAUUUAUGUGGUUGUCCAUUGCGAUUAUGAGUUUAAAUGAUGUUGUAGAUAUCAGAAUGGAUGGUCUCUCGGGAGGAGUAUGAUAUAACUGACUCUGACCAUGCUAUCCGGAUUGACUUGAUGACCAAAGUCUUUGGCAUUAAUGCAGCUGAGCGUUACUUUGAAGGUCUCCCACCUAGUGCAAAAACUGCAGAAACAUACACUGCUCUUUUACACUCAUAUGCAGCAUGUAAAUUGACUGAGAGAGCUGAGGACCUAUUUGAAAGGACAAAGGAAGCAAACCUUUCUUUGAGUGCAGUCACUUACAACGAGUUGAUGACUUUAUAUACAUCCGUUGGCCAACUGGACAAAAUACCCUCAAUAUAUGAAGAAAUGGAACGUCAAGAAGUUGCUCCAGAUUUAUUUACUUACAACCUGCUCCUAAGUUCAUCUGCAGCAUCUCUCAACAUUGAUGAAGUGCAAAGGAUUCUCGAAAAAAUGAGUGGUCAAUCUGACCCUGAUGAAAGCUGGCUGAGAUAUAUUAACCUUGUAAAGGUAUAUAUUAGUUCAGGCCAACUUGUGAACUCUGAUUGCAACUCUCUGGUUGAAAGUGAGAAGAGUAUAACUCAAAGGGAAUGGAUUACUUACGACUUCCUUGUUAUACUGUAUGGAGGGAUGGGAAACAAAGAUAAACUAGAUCAGAUUUGGAAGUCCUUGAUAUCGACCAAACAAAAGAUGAUUGGUCGAAACUACGCAUGUAUAAUUGCCUCCUAUUUGAUGUUAGGCCACUCGAAAGAUGUCAAAGAAAUUCUCCAGCAAUGGAAGCAGUCAACUACAACCGAGUUUGAUGUCUCUGUUUGCAGCAGACUUCUCAGCGCAUUUGGAGAAGUCGGUUUGAGUGAAGAAGCUGCUGCCUUCCAUCUGCUGCUUCUUGAUGAAAAGGUCUUGACAGAUUAAACUGAACUACAAACUUCAGUUUUGACCCAGAGCUCUUUUGUUUUCUACUUGGAUAGCCAGGAAUAAUAGGAGGCAAGGAAAUUUGAGGGUGGUGAUGAACUAUUUCAGUAAGACAGUUGAGCUAUUUGUAACAUCAUUCAACCAUUUUGCUAGAAUCCUUAGCAAUAUACACUCAGGGAUAUAGGACUACUCAUAGAAACAGUCCUAUGGUUUUUUCUUUUUUAAAAUUAUAUUAAUAAAAACUUUUUACAAGAACGAUGAUCAAUUGAAUAUCAUCCUUCCAAGAGGGAAAGCAAGGAGAUUGUGAUUGCCAAAGAUGAUGAUUCAUCUUCACCUUCAUCCCACUCAUUGCGUGACAACGGAACAUAUUAUGAGGAGAACAUCAUCUGGCUCAGGUGUUUGAUUCCGUGAUUUUAAAAUGUGUAAUGAGCUUUGUUUCUGUUUUGUGCAAUUUGAAUUAGGAGCUUGGUACCCCUGAAUAAUUCCUGUGAUUCAUACUCUUUACCUUCAAAUUAAAGUGAUUAUGGUACUUAAUGUUUUUGUCAAUUUUGCGAAGACAAACACACUUUAAAAGAGAAUUUGCUUUGAGAUUUUUGAUGGCGUGUUGAAAUUCAU